AUGUUCCGGAUGAUCGCGAACGGCGUAAAACUGAGUCGACGGCAGUGCCCACGUAACGGUAGAACUGAAGUCGAUGGCGACAAUCACGGUGAAGCUGGUGGCGUUGUGGCAGCGGUUGGGUUCCGCCGGAACGCACAAGGCAAAGAGUAUAGUCCAGGAACGACCGUCCCAGCGUCAAGGAACGGCGUGGCGGGGGAGCUUUGCACCGAUCGGGCGCUGGAUGAUGUCGUGGAGUAUUCUUCUUUCGAGGGAAGUGACGACGGGUCGAGAGAUGUCAGUCAUAUUGCUGGCGUUAGGGUCUUUGGCUACGUUCGAUCGAAUCAUACAUUGCUCGCACGACCUCGAUCCAUGCCGGCCGAUGCGAGCGGUCCUCUCUCGGACGGCAAUAGCGAUGCUCUGAGUCUCGCUUCCGAAGCAUUGGUGUGCCUGUACCUGAGUGCGUAG